CCACGGGCCCCAAAAUUUUUCCCCUGAGCAACCCUUUUACCAACUCCAUCCAUUUUCAUUUCAUCUGUUCUUUCUUCUUUCUUUCUUUGCUCUGUUUCUUUUUGCUGGGGGAGACGAAUAAGAAGAAACAGAGGGGGGAGGGGAGAGAGAGAGGUUAUAGUGUUUGGCUUGGGAUGGUGCUUAAGGAGGGAAUGAGGACGAUCCAGCCGGGAGAUUUCUUGGAGCAGAAAGCUUGGGAGAAGAAUAGGGAAACGAGACGGGGCACACGAGUGUAGAUUGAUGCAGGAAAUUGGGAGAGACAUCGGGGAAAGAUUGUGUAUUUCACUCAGUUAGGUUGUGGACGUAGUCGGGCAGUCGAGAGCUCAAUGGAAGGAGGAAGAGAUGAUUACACGGAAGAUGGCACUGUGGAUCUCAAGGGGAAACCUAUUAGAAGAUCGAGAACUGGUCGAUGGAGAGCUUGUUCAUUCAUCGUAGUGUAUGAAAUUUUCGAGAGGGCAGCAUAUUGGGGGAUAGCGUCGAACCUAGUGAUGUACCUGUCCACGAAGCUACACCAAGGUACUGUGACAUCCUCGAGCAAUGUCACGGACUGGGUCGGCGCCACCUGGUUGACUCCCAUUAUUGGCGCUUAUAUUGCUGAUGCUUAUCUCGGGCGAUACUGGACUUUCAUGAUUGGUUCCGCCAUUUAUCUCUCGGGGAUGUCACUCUUAACGCUAGCCGUAUGGAUCCCACAGCUGCAGGCUCCAACGUGUGAGCCUGGAAGCAAAGAAGAGCAAUGCAACAAGCAGACCAUGCCGCUCCAAGUCGGGAUCUUCUACGGCGCUCUCUACUUAAUUGCUGUGGGGAAUGGCGGAACAAAGCCCAACAUCUCGACAAUUGGUGCAGAGCAGUUUGAUGAGUUCGAUCCCAAGGAACGGAUCCAGAAGCUGUCCUUCUUCAACUGGUGGAUGUUUAGCAUCUUCUUUGGGCAGCUGUUCGCCUACACCAUCCUGGUUUAUGUGCAGGACAAUGUGGGUUGGGCCCUCGGUUAUGGGAUCCCGACCAUCGGGCUCGCAGUAUCGAUACUGAUUUUCAUAUCAGGGACCCCAUUUUACCGACAUAAGGCGGCAUCAGGGAGCCCUUUCACCAGGAUACUGCAGGUCCUGGUGGCUGCUUUGAGGAAGUGGAAUGUUGCGUUCCCAAACGAUCCCAAGGAGCUCCAUGAGCUGCCUGUCGAGGAAUACACGAGAAGGAGGAAAUCCAGGAUUGAACAUACGCCUUUUCUGAGGUUCUUGGACAAAGCUGCCGUGAAGACCGAUUCGAACUCUCCAUGGCUGAUGUGCCCAGUCACCCAUGUCGAAGAAACUAAGCAAAUGAUCAAAAUGAUCCCGAUACUAAUCACUACGUUCGUCCCGAGCAUGUUGGUAGCCCAGGUUAACACGCUCUUUGUCAAACAGGGCGCAACACUAGACAGGAGCAUGGGCCCAAAUUUCAAGAUCCCUCCUGCGAGCCUUGGCUCGUUCCUUAUCAUCUCCAUGUUGAUAGGCCUCGUGCUAUAUGACCGCUGCUUCCUCCCAUUCGUCAGGCGACACACGAAAAACCCGAGGGGGAUCACACUGCUCCAGAGAAUGGGGAUCGGCCUUGGGCUCCAAGCAGCCGUCAUGGUCAUUGCUUGCUUCGCUGAGAAGAAACGUCUCGCCGUUGCCAAGGAGAAGGGCAUUUUUGGGAAAGGCGAGACCGUCCCGCUCUCCAUUUUCAUCCUCCUCCCACAAUUCGUGUUGUUGGGUUUCGCUGACGCCUUUGCAGAACCCCCAAGGAUGGAGUUCUUCUACGAUCAGGCCCCUCAGGGGAUGAAGAGCCUCGGGACUUCCUACUUCACGACUAGCAUGGGGAUAGGGAACUUCCUCAAUAGCUUCGUCCUGAAGGUGGUCGCAAGCGUUACCAAGAUGAAUGGACACCAAGGUUGGAUCCUAGACAACCUGAAUAGGUCGCGUUUGGACCUCUACUACUUGUUCUUGGCGAUCCUCAUAUUAGUUAAUUUCCUCAUCUAUCUGCUGGCGGCAAAGCGGUUUGUUUACAAUGCCGAUGUAUCAGAGUCCGAUGGCGAUUUAGUUGUGGAAGCUCUGCCCAACAGAGGACGAGCAGAUGGUUAAAUUUCAAGUUGGUGAUAGAAUGGUAGAAUGGUAAAUGCCAAAGUAAUAUAAGAUUAGAAAUGUAGGCCGUUUGGAUUGAGAGUUUUACUAUGAUUUUGAUUUUGAUUU